UCAUUCGGGUUUUAUUACUCAGUGAGCUGCUCACAAGCCGCGAGUACAGUGACAGGCACACAGCGGGCACUCAGUCUCUGACCACUGGGGCCCGUGUCCACAGAAGUACUUAUAUCCCCUGACCAGGAACUGCGGUGACCUUCGAGUUAGGAAAUAAUGAGACUGCAAAAUUGUUGUGUUUUCUUGUGUGGAAGAGCAGGAUGUUUUAGUCUUGUUUGGAAUGGAACAUGAUCAUUCAGGGUGCUCCUUUGUCGUUUUUACUUUAACGGACGAUUGUGCUAACUUAGCAUUCUGCUUCCAGGAGCUCGCCCUUCAAUACACAAUCUAUUAAAUACAACAAUAACAAAGAUUCCCUACACUAUAAUGCAAAGCGUUAGGGCCGGAUCCUCCAACACAUGCAUUGUGGUAUUAAAACAAAAUCACAUCACGCAUGGAACUCUCGAGAUAGUGGAAAAUACCAGCUACACCAUCCAGUGAUGUGUGACCCGAAGGCACGGAGUUGACUAGAAUACCGACGGACCAGGAUUUCAAAACGCGGAUUUUGAAUCUUUUUUUCUACUUAGGCUAAUAAGUUUGGGUCUUUUAUUUAACGUCUAUCUAGGCGGCUCAGCUUCAAGUUCUGCAAAUUGGAGAUAAUAUCAUUAAGUGACAGAUGUUAUUUGAAAAUGCAACGAACCAUUGUAACCAUUUUUGUAAAUCAUGAAGGUAUAUUAUAAGAAAAGGAGGAGGAAAAUGAGAGGUAACUUGUGCAUUGUUGGAUGUUGUUUGCCUGUUCUGCUUUUUCUCUUGUCCAGCAAGGCUUGGGUAGACAAUCAUACAUCAUGAAUGGUUAACUUGAAAACUGAGUUCUACUGGAAAGACUGGCAGGCAAGCAGAGGUCGGGAUCCUGUCGUUUCUAAGUGUCUGUUAAUCUUUGCCACUGCUAAGAUUACCUGGGGGUAGAAGCACGGUCGGUAGGAACAAGACGUGCCCCUUCACUCCGCGAAAGCUCACUUAUCCCGCACAGGCAUGCUGAAGGUCCGUCGGGCUUCAGAGCCCAAAUCUCGGCUCUGCAGAGACGUCCCCUUCCCCCGCCUCCACCAACCGCUCUUCUGCAUGCAGAAAAGUGGUCCCCACCCCUUCCACGCCCCUGCCCUACCUCUUGCCCCCCUUUACAACCCCCUCUUCUUUGCCCGGGGUGGUUUGUUCCAAGGAGUACAGAUAGUCUUGUCAAAAGGCGCAGCUCACGGCGGUGCGCGCGGAUUCUGGACUUGGGCGCCAACUUAUAGUCCACGCUCCCCAGGGUCAGCGAAGGGGCGCUCACGCUCUCGCCGCCCACCUCGCUUUCUCACUCCGCGCUUCCCGGCCUGGGUUUUUAGUCUUCCGCGGAGCGCUCUCUGGCCUCCGCCUCCGCCAGGGAGCGGAAGGCGGAGACAGCGAGACUGGCCAGGGGGGAGGAAAGCGGACGCGUGUGGGCGAGGGGGACAACGGGAUGUCCACGGGCUCGGUGAGUGAUCCGGAGGAGAUGGAGCUUCGGGGGCUGCAGCGGGAGUACCCGGUCCCCGCCUCCAAGAGGCCGCCCCUCCGCGGCGUAGAGCGCAGCUACGCCUCGCCCAGUGACAACUCGUCGGCAGAGGAGGAGGACCCCGACGGCGAGGAGGAGCGCUGCGCUCUGGGCGCAGCCGGCAGCGCGGGAGGCUGCAAGAGGAAGCGGCCCCGUGUGGCUGGGGGCGGCGGCGCAGGUGGCAGCGCGGGCGGUGGUGGCAAGAAGCCCCUCCCGGCCAAGGGCUCAGCCGCAGAGUGCAAGCAGUCGCAGCGGAACGCGGCCAACGCCCGUGAGCGCGCCCGGAUGCGCGUGCUGAGCAAAGCCUUCUCCAGGCUCAAGACCAGCCUGCCCUGGGUGCCCCCCGACACUAAACUCUCCAAGCUGGACACGCUCCGGCUGGCUUCCAGUUACAUCGCUCACCUGCGGCAGCUGUUGCAGGAGGACCGCUAUGAGAACGGCUACGUGCACCCAGUGAACCUGGUAGGGGCGCGGCGCGCAAGGAUUCGGGAGAGCAGCCAGGAGAUACCCAGGCCGCUCCUGGGCGCCGGGCAGGACAUGGCCAUUCGUGGUCUCGGGAAGACCGGACUCUGACACCAAAGAAGUUUCCGCAGCCAACAGACUAUGUGGAACCACCGCUUAAAUCGGACUGGAACUCACUUGAUGGGAUUGUUCGUUAAAUGCGAGUGUUUGGGGGCCACGGAGAGAAGGGAGAGCUCGUGAGAUGGGAAGAAGUUUCCGUUGGAUUCUCCUUGACCCUUCCCCUUUCCCUGGAACUGUGAUCACGACAGGUGGCGGGCGUGGCUGUCACUGCACAGCGCCCACGGCUACAGCUGCGGCGGAUCUGGGCGACCACGUUUUGCCUCUCCAGAAAGAGCCUCCUUUCGUGAAGAGAACGCGGACGCAGGUCCACCCUCGGGCCCUAGCUCUGUAGACUAACUCUCGGCUGCUGCCCCAGCCCGCGCCAGACAGCCCACGGAUCCGUUCUCAGCGGAGCCAGAUUCAUCGCACACGUGCGGGACGGUUCCACACAGCCCGGGCCUUUCGCGGUGACACAAUGGUUAGGGAAAGGUUAGAACGCGCUCUACAUCCGCUUUCAAGACAGAGGUCUAGACGUGAGAUCCGCGUCGGGACAGGGUUUUAAGUGACAAAGAAGGGCGAGUGGCUUCUCUGGGCCAGGUUCGUACCCCAGCACAGCGCCCUUCUAACGGGCGGGAGGAAGCCCGCUGCUCGCAGGGCUAGGUGGAGACACACUUCCCAGACCACCGCAGGCAGGUUUUACCCGGAGAGCUCUGGGCCGUUCGGCCUCCCUGCCGGGUGGCUUCUUCAUUCCCGUCUCCUUCCCAAGCUCCCGGCUUUUUCUAAUCAGGCGUCUGUCUACCCUCUCCACUUCUGGGCUGAAGCCUCCCCAAGCCCCGCUGCGCCAACCUGGCUGUGGUCUUCUUCGGGCCUCCCUCUCCGCCCCGCUCCUGCUCCUACCUGCAGCACCCCCAGCUCCAACUCCAGACUCUCUCCAUCAGGCCUCCCCACUCCAAGCUCCGGGCGCCCCAACUCCAACACCGCCUCCUGCCGCGCAGGUUCUUCCCUGCGCGGAGGAGCGCGCAGGGUGGGCGGCUUACCAUAGCAAGUGAUCCUGCGAUAGGGAACGCGCCCCUGCCCCGAGGCUGCACUACCACAGGAAAUAACAUAUGUAAAUAAAUUUAUUUUUUUAUGAAUAAUAAAACGCGCUGUAAAAACUG